AUGGGCAGCGUUCUGGACAAGAACUCCUCUCUGGUCCGUAAGAGGAUAGAGGGUCACAAAUUUGAGGGCGAGGAUGGCGACGAAUAUGAGGGGAGCGAGUUUGGGGGAUUCGGGGAUUACUUCCGCCAGAAGAAGAUCAAGCUUCAGAAUCUCGACGCCGACAUGCGCGCCGCGUCCGACAAGCCUCAGAUAUUCAAGGGAAUUGUAGCUCACGUCACCGGCUAUACUCAACCCCCGUUGCAUGUCCUUCAUCGCGAAAUCGUACAGCAUGGCGGCGGCUUUCUGCAGUAUUUGGACUCAAAGACUAUGGCUACUCACAUCAUCGCAUCCACCUUGCCGCCAAAGAAAAGUGUUGAAUUUGGCAGAUAUCGAAUAGUUAAGCCUGCGUGGAUUGUGGACUCCGUGGCUGCUGGCAAACUGAUGCCAUGGGGCAAUUACCGCGUGCUGGACGAAGGCCAGAAGCAAAAGGUUCUCAAAUUCGAUGGAGAGAAUGGCAUGACGCAGGCAAGUCCGACAGCCAGAAGGGGAUAUAAGGAACAAACGGAUAAUAGCUUCUACACCUCCCAGUUCAAGCCUUCUGCGCCCCUCCCCAGCCAAGGCUGGACCCAGCUGGCAGAAAAGAUACAAACCCCAUCAAAACCAGCAGAAUCAAAUACCGCAGAUGAGGAACAGACACCAGUCGAAACAAAUGAACUGUUGCUAAAGCAUUCCGAAGUCAGCCCUAGCAUGAGCGACAUGAGCAAAUCUGCAGACAUCCCUACCGCAUAUGACACCCCGGAUCACUCCAUGAAGCCACCUAGGCGACCGGCUACCUUGAUUGAUCCUGUCAGUCCUUCUCCCGCUGCCGAGCCAGCAAAAGAAAUGACAUCAGAGGAGCACAAUGCUUGGUUAUUGUCAGAUCCUCGUCUACGCAAGUCAUCAACGGCCAACCCAGAGUUUCUCAAGCAAUUUUACUCGGAAAGCAGAUUACAUCACCUGUCAACGUGGAAAGCAAGUCUCAAGUCGUCGAUGCAGAGGCUAGCUGCUGAGAAAGGACUGACGCAAAAGAACUUCAAAAAGAAACCUGGCGCGAGGGGCUACAUUAUGCACAUCGACUUUGACAGCUUUUUCUGCGCAGUGUCGCUGAAGCGCAACCCAGAAUUUGUCGACAAGCCCACCGUUGUGGCACAUAGCAGUGGUCCGGGAUCUGAGAUUGCAAGCUGCAAUUACCCAGCUCGCAAGUUUGGCGUCAAGAAUGGAAUGUGGAUGAAACGUGCCACAGAGCUGUGUCCCGAUCUAAAGGUAUUGCCCUACGACUUCCCAGCCUACGAAGAAGCUAGCCGGCUAUUUUACGAAUCAAUCAUAUCCAUUGGAGGAGUAGUACAAAGCGUUAGUGUUGAUGAAGCUUUGAUAGAUGCCACUGCUGUCGUUCACUCUGCGUCCGGCUCCCAGGGUAUUGGUGUCGACGAAGGCAACGUAUGGCGAGAGCAGGAGAAAGCGGAUGAGAUCGCCUCUAGCCUUCGGCAAAGUAUCAAGGCUAAAACGGGAUGCGAUGUUUCCGUGGGUAUCGGAGGUAACAUUCUACAGGCGAAAGUUGCCUUGAGGCGGGCCAAGCCAGCAGGGCAGUAUCAGCUUAAGCCAGAGGCAGUGCUGGACGUUGUGGGCGAAUUAACAGUCGAGCAACUACCAGGUGUUUCCCAUAGUAUAGGUGGGAAACUCGAGGAAUUGGGCAUCAAGUUCGUCAAAGACAUUCGCAACGUAUCGAAAGAGCGCCUGACGGCUGCUCUUGGACCCAAGACCAGCGAGAAGCUGGCGGACUAUGCGCGAGGCAUCGACCGAACAGACGUAGGCGAGCAACCGCCAAGAAAGUCUGUAUCCGCCGAAGUAAACUGGGGAAUUCGGUUCAUCAGCCAGCCUGAAGCAGAAGAGUUUGUGUUCAACUUGUGCAAAGAGUUGGAAAAACGUCUUAUCAAUGAGCAAGUCAGGGGUACGCAUCUCACCAUGAAGAUCAUGAGGAGAUCACUUGACGCUCCGUUGGAUCCAGCCAAGCAUCUCGGCCACGGCAGAUGCGACACAUUCAACAAGAGUGCGACUUUUGGUGUCCCGACACACAACUACGAAACAAUCGGCAAAGAGGCAGUCACUAUCUUGAGGUCAUUCAAGUUCAGUCCAGGAGAUCUCCGCGGGUUAGGUGUGCAGAUGACGAAACUGGUCCCGAUAAAAGCACAGGCACGUCCCACGGAGAGCAGUCAACGGACUCUGAGCUUUGGUCCGUUCGGAGGUCCAUCCUCGGCGAAGAAGUCAUCACGUACUGAAGUCAUUGACGACAUUGAAAGCCCUCAAAAACCGAAACCGUCCCCUAGUCGGGGCAUAGACGCGGACCCCAUCACGGACGAUCCAUUGACGCCUCGCAAGCCAAAGGUUCAUCCUGCCAUGGCUCUCUCCAAGGCUGCACAGGAAGAUGCCAAAGCAAACACCCCGUUGAACGUAUCCGGAACUCAGUUCAUCCUCCCCAGCAAUCCGGAUCCCGCUGUCAUGGCCGAGUUGCCAACCGACAUCCGGAGCAGACUAAUGGGCCAACGAUCACGACAAAGUCCCGCUCGAAAUACCGCGAGAUCAGAGAGUCCCCUCCCAGUGGAUGUGCUGCCCUCACAGAUCGAUGCUGAAGUCUUCAACGCCUUGCCCGACGAUAUGAAAGCCGAAGUCCUCGCGUCUUAUGGACAACGACCCGCACAACCCCAAUCACCAAGAAGAGACCAUCUUGUCCAGCCAAGAAAGCAAACCACGCCCACCAAACGCGGUGGAGGUGGAAUUCGAGGCAUGUUUGGCAAGGCACAGCGUCAGCGGGACGCUCAAGCCGGAGUCGUGCAAACAAACUUCCAAACACUCAAGAAGGGCAGCGCAAGUCCUGCUAUUGAGGAAAUCGAAGAACUGGAUGCCGAAUUCCUCGCAGAGCUACCAGAAGAUGUUCGCAAGGAAGUCAUUGCAGAUCACCGCCGGCGAAGAAUGGCCCUCCGAUCCGGUCUCGAUGCACCAAGCCGGAGACAUCGCACCCCGGACGCAGAGAAUGCCCUAACAGGUGGCCAAAGGAAGAUAUGGUUCCCCGCGCCUCCCAAAAAGGUAACAUUUGCCAACUCGGGUGUCUCGUCGAUGAGAGAAGUGAAGGAUAUGCUUGAUGCGUGGCACACUGAAACUCAGGAGGAGGGACCGCACGGUGGCGAUGUCGAUGUGUUUGAGAAGUACUUGGUCGAAGUGGUCAAGGAGGAGAAGGAUCUUGAAAAGACAGUCGCCCUUCUUCGGUGGCUGGAUGUCCUUGUAGAGCAGGACGGGGGACCAGGGGCGGGACAGGAGUCGUGGCGGGAUGCGGCGAAACAAGUCAAGAGUGCUGUGCAAAGUGCUGUUAGGGAGCGGGGGUUGGGGCCGUUGGAUAUUUGA